CCCACUAUAUAUCACAACAAAAAUGUAUUUUUGAUACAGAACAAUGAAAUCUUAAAGCUGAAGAAGUUUAAGCAGAAAUGAUGGGAAUAUGUAAAAAUAUAUUAAACAAAAAACACCCCUCCCCUUUCAUCCAAAAAUCUAAAAAUUGGAAUAAAUGAAAACUAAUACCAACCUCCAGCUUUCAGUUUUCCUUCAACUAUCUUAAAUCAAAAAUUGUCUCUGUUCCAAACUUAUCUCAUUGUAAAAUUACAUCACCAGAACUGGACUAUCCAAUUGAAUAUGAAUAUCCAACCAGAGGCCAGAGGAGGCAGAAAGUGCCUUUUGUUCAUAGUGUCAUAGAAUUCCAGGUUCUAGCAAGUAGAGUGUGCUCCAUGCCCACCCUUUACAUAAGUUUCCUACAUCUCAUUCAUGCCUAUCAGAGCUUUAGAUAACAUUACAUUGAUAUUUGACGAAAAUCUUUCUCGCAACAAGGCUCAACUCUCUACUAGAUUUAGGCCUGGUUAAAGGUGACAACAACAUUUAGUUAAUUCUGGGAACAAAACUUCAUAAUUGGCACUUAAUUCAAGAUAGGCAAAUACCAAAAAUUUACUCUGGAGAAUUAACAAUAAGCUCCUCCCUUUGCCUUUAUCACUUCGAACAUUUCCUAAUUGCAGCAAAAUAUAAUCUGAUGUUGCUUAAAGCCACCAAACUGAGGCCAGGUCCGUGUGAACCGUGGGGGCCGGGCGGCUGGAUCCCCCCGAUAAUUGUCAAACUGUGGUAUAAUUCCAGUACAGCAGUGUACUGAGUGCUAAGGAAUACAAAGAGUAGCCAAUCCCGCCCCCCCCCCCCUAAUAUGAAAUUUCAUUACAACGGCACUUGGGGUGUAGUAAAAAAAGGAAAUUCCGGAGGAGAAUCUCCGAACCUCCUCCUUUUUACUCGGCUCACUUACCUCACCUACAUUUUCAUGCCUUUGUUUAAAGUUUCUGCUAACUCCCCCUUUGCCUAGUCAUACUUGCGGCAUUCCUGUAUCCAACGUUCUGACCCGCAAUGUUUUACUUUAUUCAAAGUACUACAUUUUUCCCUAGAACUUCUAUAACGCCUUUUAGGUUGGGAGCAUUAUUUGUUGUUCAUUAGACUUAGUGCGAAACGAAGUUUCAUAAUUUUUCAUCUUUUCUAGGGGCGGGAGGGGGGUGUACAAGUCCCUAAGAAAGACAUGGCCGCUGAGCCCCUGCAUGAGAUCUUCCAGUUUCCAAGGGGCCAAAUUUUGGAAAUUUGACGCCAAUUAAUUAAAGAAGGACAGUCCAAAAUAUGGACGCCUCUAAUUGGUUUCAAAAACACGGAAUCUUGCCUUGAAUCAGUUAAGUUAAAAGAUGUUCUCCAACGUGGAAGGGCCCGUAAAUUUUUUGUACACAGGGCCCAGGUGGCGAUUACCAAUUUGCUACCCGGGCCAGACUGCCCCUGAUAAGAAAACUUUUUUAAGAAUACGUUUAACAUGGAUAUUGAGGCUCGAAAUUGUUUAUAUUCUAGACGCACUCAUACCAACUUGACAUUCAGCAAACCAUGUAUCCCUCCAUCUUUAAGAGUAUUGAUGCUCUGGUUUGCUUAAUCAGAUAAUCUAGAAAUAACCAAAGAGGAUUUCAGAUCUAUGAAUAUAUGUUAUCAUUCAAUCAUUAUCAUCAUCAUUCAGUAAAGUUACGCAGAACAUUGUUCUUACCUCCGGAGAUUGAGUAAAUUCCAUAAAAGAUUAUUUGGAAAAUCAGAUAAAUCAGACAGUUUUUGUAAAACAGUUAAUAGAAACCAUUGCCUUUUUUAUAUACAGGUAACUGCACGAAAAAUUUGCAUUCAUUUGGCAAGAAAAUUAAAGGAAGCUGUAGCUAGAGAAGAAAAUUCCCUUGUCACUGGGAUUACAGAUUUGAAUGACCUGCCAUUAAAGCAAUGAAAAACCCUAGAACUUCACAUUAAGAGGAGCAUUCCCUAUAAAAUAUCGCCGGACGUUGUUGCUAGAGCAGACCGUCUUGGUGCGUUAGACCCGGAGUGACGACCUUUUUUCGAGCCCAAAGAGACUACCUGUGAACUCUGUGGUGGUGAUCUAGGAGGCUCUCUAUAUCCUCAAGGGUGUGAUGCCACAAAUGGGAAUGGAGUCUUGCUGACGAAUACCCACCCAUUUCUGCCCAUAGAUGUAAAAGUGAAGAAAUGCUCCAAUUCGCAAUGUGGUGCCGUCAACAGUAUUUUCCCUUUAGAUAUACGUACAGCCUUUAAAAUGUGUAUUGAAUAUUGCUGGGUUUGAUAAAAAUUUGAAUAUUAAGUGUUUAAUCUCAAUUUUUAUAGAGAAAACAUCGGGGGAUGAAAGUAUGACAAGAAUAGUUAUCAAGCCAACAAACUACUGGCAAAAAACGCUUACAGCUAAAAAUGAUGCUAUUAUAACUACGAUGUCUAAAUUGUAAAUGAAUAUUAUCCUCGUGAGAUUAAGGUAAAUCUUCUUCUCAUUAUAGCUCUCAUUUUGUAGGUCUGUUCAAUGCAUGCAACAAGGUUCUGGUGGGCAUUGACAUUAUGCUGGAAUGGCAAAGUUUUUCAAAGAUGGGGUCCCUCUGACAAACGUCAUUAAUCGGAAAUUGCUGGCAUUAAAACGUAAAACUGCAGAGGUAGAAAGCUCAUUAUUUUAUUCUUGUCAGAUUGAAAAUGAUAUGCCUAUUCUAUGUCAAUAUAUUUUUUAGAGCUAUAAUGGUUGUUACAUUUGUUCUUAUAUGCUGGAAAAUAUGUGUUGUUUUUGAGGGGAAAGACGUCUCAAAUUUUGCAUUGCCCAUUUAUUAUAUCUAGAUCUUACAUCCAUGUCAUGCGAAAAUGGAAUAUUUGGCAGAUGUUCUCUACAAUGCUUUUUAUGCGUUUGAGACAAUGACAGAGAGAAACCUCAAUGACGGUAUCUGCGGAAAAUGUGGAAUUGUUGGGAGAGUUUAUUUCGGUGACGGCAACGAAAAAAAUUGCUGUUCUUUGCGAGAGGUGAAAUAUUUUUCAAAAUUGUUUUGAAUGAAAUGCGAUGCAUUCUUUCUGUUUAAUAUCCUCCAGUUAACAUGCCAAGCCAUUUUUUCCAGAAAACAAUUUUCGACUAUCUUACACCGUUAUUUGCUGUUGAAUGAUAUUCUGUCCUACCAUUGGCAACCUUUCUACUAUAUGUAGUUCAAUUCCCUUAGAUUUUUAUACCCAAUUCAUUUAGACUUUUUAUUGAAUUAUGUUCACACUACUAAUAAUAGUAAUUAUAUCCCUACUACAUUAAAGGUGGUAAUGCUUGACCGAAGUAAAGAAAAAAGUGAAGGCGGAUCAGAGACACCUGCUAACAAAGACAUGCUUUUGGAAAACUGUUUAGAGAAAGUUUGUCUUUUCAUGAUUGAGAAAAACACGUUUGCAAAGACAAACCUUAAAUUUUCAAUUUGAAUGGAGGACAUACCUCCAAUAUUGCCUUCGAAACAGCGUCAGGCUGAAAUAAAUACAGAAAAGGAGAAACGAAGCGUUUACCUUUAAAGCAAUGCGACAAAAGUUGAAGGUGAUGCGAUUAUCUUGGCGGACAAAAUGAAAAGCAUGGCUAUCGGCGAAAUCUCGGACCUAGACACUGAGUCACUUAUUGGCAUCGCAUCAUCCUGCAAAAUUAGAACCCAAGGAAAGUCGAAGGACAUGUUGAGGAUCCAGCUACAAGAAUUAUAUGCAACAAUUCUUGUUGGCAGCUCAAGUUGCCACGGCUUUACUAAAUCCCCAGGCCACACUGGUGGUUUUUAUCACAUAGUCUGUCUCCAUGGGACAACUGUUUGCUCAAAAUUUAUGAUCCUAACGGAAUCUGUCAGGGAUGCUGCAGAUCUAUGGCUGUCACUCCGAUAUCCACCAGUUUUGUUCAUUUGUGACACACCCUGUACGUUUGUGCGUCAUAUGAAUCUCAGGGAUCCUGAUAUGGCCAGAAUAACGUGGGGAGAAAAUGAUGGCUGUUUUGAAAAGCCGAAACUAGAAGCAAUUCCAACAUUGAAAUGUUGCCAGAUCAGCAUUUACAGGGAGACUGCAGUUCACUGGCUGGUGUGCAAAAUGCAGAGGAGGUAUGGGAGAAAAUGGAUCAUGAUCGAAUGUUCAGGUGACGUAGCAAAUUGUCCAGGAAGCAAAUGGUUCCAUAUGGAAUGUGUUGGGAUGUCCGAAAAGCCACCCAAAAGCGAAGACUGGUUCUGCGUGGACUGCAUGCGGGAGAGACAACAAAGGAGGCCUGUUGCAUUCAGACGAAAAAGCCAUUAAGAGGACAUUAUAGUAUAUUGUAUUGUAUUGUAUUGUAUUGUAUCGUGUAGAUUAUUUGAUUUUGGUUGAAGUGAUGUAGUAUUUUUGAAUUCAUAAUUAUUAUUUUUCUCUGUCGCCCAUAAUAUAUUGUUUCAAAGUUAUUUUAUUUACAGAAAAGAGUCGCGUAAGAGUUAUACAUAAUGGAAGGAAGGAUAAAUCAAAAUAAUAUCGUCAAAUCCUUGAUUAAUUUGGCUCCCUUCUGCAACGGUGUAUGGUCCUAAUGAGGACCGCAAAUGCGAAAUACCCGACGAUCAUGGCUUGAGCCAAAGUGCCUUUAUAGCAAGAAGCACCCUGAGAAACCCAUAUUGCUCAGUGUCUGUUGAGUGUGGGUGAAACUAUAAGACUUAACUACUGGAACCUAAAUAUGAUUCUAUAAGGCUUCAGUAAUGGAACCUUUGAAACCCUCGGAACCCUUAUUGCUCAGUGUCUGUUGAGUGUGGGUGAAACUAUAAGACUUAACUACUGGAACCUAAAUAUGAUUCUAUAAGGCUUCAGUAAUGGAACCUUUGAAACCCUCGGAACCCUUAUUGCUCAGUGUCUGUUGAGUGUGGGUGAAACUAUAAGACUUAACUACUGGAACCUAAAUAUGAUUCUAUAAGGCUUCAGUAAUGGAACCUCUGGAACCCUCGGAACCCUUAUUGCUCAGUGUCUGUUGAGUGUGGGUGAAACUAUAAGACUUAACUACUGGAACCUAAAUAUCAUUCUAUAAGGCUUCAGUAAUGGAACCUUUGAAACCCUUGGAACCCUUAUUGCUCAGUGUCUGUUGAGUGUGGGUGAAACUAUAAGACUUAACUACUGGAACCUAAAUAUGAUUCUAUAAGGCUUCAGUAAUGGAACCUCUGGAACCCUCUGAACCCUUAUUGCUCAGUGUCUGUUGAGUGUGGGUGAAACUAUAAGACUUAACUACUGGAACCUAAAUAUCAUUCUAUAAGGCUUCAGUAAUGGAACCUUUGAAACCCUUGGAACCCUUAUUGCUCAGUGUCUGUUGAGUGUGGGUGAAACUAUAAGACUUAACUACUGGAACCUAAAUAUCAUUCUAUAAGGCUUCAGUACUGGAACCCUCGGAACCCUUAUUGCUCAGUGUCUGUUAAGGGUGGGUGAAACUAUAAGACUUAACCACUGGAACCUAAAUAUCAUUCUAUAAGGCUUCAGUACUGGAACCUUCGGAACCCUCGGAACCCUUAUGGCUCAGUGUCUGUUGAGUGUGGGUGAAACUAUACGACUUAACUUCUAGCUUCAGUACUGGAAUCCUUUUCGAGAACCGUGUGUUGGAUUGGAUACAACCCAGAGACAUUGCUUUUUAGCCUACUCUAUACAUGGUGCAUAUUCUUAGUACUACCUUUACUCUCCUAUUGUUAUGCAAAUUAGAAAUUUUCAAAUCUACCAAUGAAAUCCAAGCUUCUUAAAACUUCAGCAAGACCCAAAAAUCGGUAUGCUAGUUAUACAACGUGGCAACAAGACUCAGCCAACUCAGCACCAGUUUCACAUCCCUUUGUUAAACAAUAUUUCAAUUAGAUGCAUCAGUGCUUGCUGUCAGGUUUCAUUGGCCAUUUUCUAGCCUAUAUGAUAACCAAACAAAUUAUAUCUUUAUGUAUUUAUUACCAAUGUUAUACCUCUGAUUCCUAUUCCUAAAGUAGACUGUCAAAAAUCUCCUAAAAACAAGCAUUUAGCAUACCCAAUGAUAAACUAACAAAACUUUAUCUGAAACUUGAUAGCAUGAUUAGAUAUCUGCGAGCAAAGUACUCUCAAGUUCCUAAACCCUUAAAUGGGGAGGUCAUAAUAGAUUGAAAUACUUAGAUUUUCUGAAAUUAUGUUUAAAUUUGGGAGUGUUUAAAUAGGAAUUUUGCAUGAAAUAUAUAAUUAGGGGGUUGUUGAUAAAUGGAAAUGAGUAUGCAAAAUUUUUGAAAAAUGGAGUUCCACCCCCCCCCCCCCUUACAAUUAGGAACUUGAGAGUAAACGUUUAUGUAGAAUAAACCAUAUCUUCUGUCAGUAAAAAUGUCUGAAAACCAUGUUGCAAAGGCUUUUUCUCAUUCAUUUCUUCGUCUUGUGUCUCAUUUUCACUUUCAAAUACUUUGCGAAACCACACUUGUCAAUCUGCCUUUGGUGUAU